GGGCGGCGGGCGAAGAUGGGCGCCGGGGCGCCCCCGGGGCCGGGGGUCGGGGCGGGGGUCCGGCUGCUGGGCUACGGGCUCCUGUCCCUGGUGCUGGCCGCCCAGCUGGGCCGGGCCCAGGCCGGCAAGGCCUGCGACGGGACCGGCUCCUGCUUCUCCGGACGCUGUGUCAACUCCACCUGCCUCUGCGACCAGGGCUGGGUCGGGGACCGGUGCCAGCACUGCCAGGGCAGGUUCAAGUUAACAGAACCCUCUGGAUAUUUAACAGAUGGACCAAUUAAUUAUAAAUAUAAAACUAAAUGUACUUGGCUAAUUGAAGGCUAUCCUAAUGCAGUCCUAAGAUUAAGAUUUAAUCAUUUUGCCACAGAAUGUAGUUGGGACCACAUGUAUGUUUAUGAUGGAGACUCAAUAUAUGCACCUCUAAUAGCUGUACUUAGCGGUCUAAUAGUCCCUGAGGUACGUGGGAAUGAAACUGUACCAGAAGUUGUUACUACAUCCGGCUAUGCACUACUACACUUUUUUAGCGAUGCUGCAUACAAUUUAACUGGUUUCAACAUCUUUUAUUCCAUUAAUUCUUGUCCUAACAAUUGCUCAGGGCAUGGGAAGUGCACACCGAGUGUUUCCCUUCCAAGUCGAGUGUACUGUGAGUGUGACAAAUACUGGAAAGGUGAAGCGUGUGAUAUUCCUUACUGUAAAGCCAACUGUGGCAGUCCCGAUCAUGGGUACUGUGAUCUAACAGGAGAAAAAUUAUGUGUCUGCAAUGACAGUUGGCAAGGUCCUGAUUGUUCUUUGAAUGUUCCUUCCACUGAGUCUUACUGGAUUCUUCCAAAUGUAAAACCAUUCAGCCCAUCUGUAGGUCGGGCUUCUCAUAAAGCAGUUUUACAUGGAAAGUUUAUGUGGGUGAUUGGUGGAUAUACUUUUAACUAUAGUUCUUUCCAAAUGGUUUUGAACUAUAAUUUAGAGAGCAGCAUAUGGAAUGUUGGUCCGAUAUCCAGGGGACCACUGCAGAGAUAUGGACACUCUCUGGCCUUAUAUAAGGAGGACAUCUACAUGUAUGGAGGCAAAAUUGAAACAAAUAUUGGCAAUGUCACAGAUGAACUGUGGGUUUUCAACAUACAGAGUCAGUCAUGGAGUACCAAGAUUCCUACCAUUCUUGGACAUGGUCAGCAAUAUGCGGUGGAGGGACAUUCGGCACAUAUCGUGGACAUGGAUAACAAAGAUGUCAUCAUGAUUAUACUUUUUGGCUAUUCAUCUGUGUAUGGUUAUACAAGCAGCAUACAGGAAUACUCUAUCUUGCAUAAUACUUGGUUUGUUCCAGAAACUAAAGGAGCAAUUGUGCAAGGUGGUUAUGGCCAUACUAGUGUCUAUGAGGGAAUGACAAAAUCCAUAUAUGUUCAUGGAGGAUAUAAAGCAUUGCCAGGCAAUAAAUAUGGAUUAGUGGAUGAUCUUUACAGAUAUGAAGUCAACACCAAGACGUGGACUAUUUUGAAAGAGAGUGGGUUUGCCAGAUACCUUCAUUCAGCUGUUCUAAUCAAUGGAGCUAUGCUUAUUUUUGGAGGAAACACCCAUAAUGACACUUCCUUGAGUAAUGGUGCAAAAUGCUUUUCUGCCGAUUUCCUGGCAUAUGACAUAGCUUGCGAUGAAUGGAAGAUUUUAAGAAAACCCAAUCUUCAUAGAGAUGUCAACAGAUUUGGACAUUCUGCCGUUGUCAGUAAUGGGUCUAUGUAUAUAUUUGGAGGUUUUUCUAGUGUACUACUUAAUGAUAUCCUUGUAUACAAACCUCCGAAUUGUGAGGCUUUUGGAAAUGAAGAGCUUUGUAAAAAUGCUGGCCCGGGGAUAAAAUGUCUAUGGAACAAGAAUCGCUGUGAAUCUUGGGAAUCUGGUCAUACUAAUAACAUUCUCAGAGCAAAGUGCCCCCCAAAGCCAGCUGCUGCAGAUGACAGAUGUUACAGAUACGCAGAUUGCGCUAGCUGUACUGCCAAUACAAAUGGGUGCCAGUGGUGUGAUGAUAAAAAGUGCAUUUCAGCAAACAGUAACUGCAGUAUGUCAGUCAAAAACUACACCAAGUGCCACGUGAGAAAUGAACAGAUUUGUAAUAAGCUGACCAGUUGCAAAAGUUGCUCAUUAAACCUCAACUGCCAGUGGGAUCAGCGGCAGCAAGAAUGUCAGGCUUUACCAGCUCAUCUUUGUGGAGAAGGGUGGAGUCAUGUUGGAGAUGCUUGUCUUCGUGUCAAUUCUAGCAGGGAAAACUAUGACAAUGCAAAGCUUUAUUGUUACAAUUUGAGUGGAAACCUUGCUUCAUUGACAGCUUCAAAAGAAGUGGAAUUUGUUCUGGAUGAAAUACAGAAGUACACACUUCAGAAGAUAUCACCGUGGGUAGGUUUGCGCAAGAUCAACAUUUCCUACUGGGGUUGGGAAGACAUGUCUCCUUUCACAAAUACAACCCUUCAGUGGCUUCCUGGCGAACCCAACGACUCUGGAUUCUGUGCAUACCUAGAAAGGGCAGAAGUGGCAGGACUAAAGGCUAAUCCCUGCACAUCCAUGGCAGAUGGUCUUGUUUGUGAAAAGCCUGUUGUUAGUCCAAAUCAGAAUGCCAGACCAUGCAAGAAACCAUGCUCUUUAAGAACUACCUGCUCCAACUGCACGAGCAAUGGCAUGGAGUGUAUGUGGUGUAGCAGCACCAAACGAUGUGUGGACUCCAAUGCGUAUAUAAUCUCUUUUCCAUAUGGACAGUGCCUGGAGUGGCAAACUGCCACCUGUUCUCCCCAGAACUGUUCUGGAUUAAGAACCUGUGGGCAGUGCUUGGAACAGCCUGGAUGUGGUUGGUGCAAUGAUCCUACUAAUACGGGAAAAGGACAUUGUGUUGAAGGCUCUUCAAGAGGACCAAUGAGGCUCUCUGGGAUACACACUAAUGAAAUGGUCCUUGACACGAGCCUUUGCCCUAAAGAGAAAAAUUACGAAUGGUCUUUUAUUCACUGUCCAGCCUGCCAGUGUAAUGGACACAGCACUUGUAUCAACAAUAACGUGUGCGAGCAGUGUAAAAACCUCACUACGGGAAAGCAGUGCCAGGACUGUAUGCCAGGAUACUAUGGCGACCCAACCAAUGGGGGCCAAUGCACAGCUUGUACAUGCAGUGGUCACGCAAACAUCUGUCACAUGCACACAGGAAAAUGUUUCUGCACAACUAAAGGAAUUAAAGGAGAUCAAUGUCAGCUAUGUGACUCUGAAAAUCGUUAUCUUGGGAAUCCACUUAGAGGAACAUGUUACUACAGCCUUUUGAUUGACUACCAGUUUACCUUCAGCUUAUUACAGGAAGAUGACCGUCACCACACUGCCAUAAACUUCAUAGCAAACCCAGAACAGUCAAACAAAAACUUGGAUAUAUCAAUUAAUGCAUCAAACAACUUUAACCUCAAUAUUACGUGGUCCAUUGGGUCAACAGCUGGGACAAUAUCCGGAGAAGAAAUUCCUGUAGUUUCUAAAGCUAAUAUAAAGGAAUACAGAGAUAGUUUUUCCUGUGAAAAAUUUAACUUCAGAAGCAACCCAAACAUUACAUUUUAUGUAUAUGUCAGCAACUUUUCCUGGCCAAUUAAAAUACAGAUUGCUUUCUCCCAGCACAACACGAUCAUGGAUCUUGUGCAGUUCUUUGUCACCUUCUUCAGUUGUUUCUUGUCCUUACUCUUGGUGGCUGCUGUGGUCUGGAAGAUCAAACAAACCUGCUGGGCUUCUCGACGAAGAGAGCAACUGCUCCGAGAGCGACAGCAGAUGGCCAGCCGUCCUUUUGCUUCUGUUGAUGUAGCCCUGGAAGUAGGAGCUGAACAAACAGACUUUCCACGAGGCCCGUUAGAGGGUGCCCCCAAACCUAUUGCCAUAGAACCCUGUGCCGGGAACAAAGCGGCUGUACUUACUGUGUUUUUGUGUCUCCCAAGAGGAUCAUCAGGUGUCCCUCCUCCUGGUCAGUCAGGUCUCGCAAUCGCCAGUGCACUAAUAGACAUUUCACAACAGAAGUCUGCGGAUAGCAAAGAAAAGAGUUCCGGAGUCCGGAAUCGGAAACAUCACCUUUCAACACGUCAAGGAACUUGUGUCUGAGGUCCAGAAACUGCACUUGUAUAUUCUGUAAUGUUUUUCUUUUUAAAUGGCUUCCUUUGAAAGCUAUCCUAAAGCCUCAGUUUUUCUGGAGGCAAACCUAUAAUCAUAGGUUAAAAAAAACACGUCCUGGGCUUUCAAACGUCCAGCCUGCUGUGCCCCGAACCAGAAAACCUUAGGACAAAAACGAAUAUGUGACGUGAGCCUGAGUGAAAAGCAAGCGAUUGAAGUUCACAAAACAAUGAAGUAAAUUUUUAUGCUGAUCUCAAACAUAUCACAGAUGAACUGAAGUAAGUCUAGGAAAGGUUGUCCUUUGUUUCCUAAUGUGGCUGAAAAUUGUAUAAUUCUUCAAGACCGAGGUGAUAAAAUCGCAGGACUCUUAUAAAAGGAUUUUUUAAGGCUUAAGGCUUAAUGGAGAGAAUUGUUCAGUGUUCUCCUCAUAAGAAAUAUCACUACCAGUGCAUAAAGCAGGAACUGAACAUUUGAAAUGGCUUUAGAUACUGUUUAAUCUUAUUGCAAAUGUGAAAGCAGAUUUGAAAUUUAAUAGUAUGUAGAUAUUGCAUUUAAAUAUUUCAUAUGACCAUGUAUCUCCCAAAACCUAAUUUGGGUCGAAGAAGGGUUUCUAUCUUCCUGGAAUGCAGGCCAGACUGAUCCAGGAAAGAGGCAGGCAGAGGCAGACGGUUUGUGCCCUCGGUGGAAGGUUUAUUAGAAUUCUGUGUGGAGAGGACAUUUCUGCCUGCCUUGCCAACAGACUGACUCAUUAUCAGAGCUGAUAGAGCAUGGAAAAGCCCAUCCGGCAAUCAAUUUCUCCCUUUUUUCCCCCCAACAGCCUGCACUACUGUAAGCCCAAAAGGAGCUUAAAUUGUCCCUUUACAGUUCGCCUGCUUCUCCUCUAGUAUGGUAAUAUUUUAAUUGUCGACAGAUGAUUGCACUUUGCAAACACAACACAGCCAUCCACAUAUUUUUCUGGAAACAAUUACGAGCUUCCUUUGGUCUUCCUCGCCCUGUGGCUGAAUUUUAUCCAUCUCUGCUUUCCACUAAUUUAAUGAAAUGUAUGCGAAUACCUGUCACCUCCUAUCUAGCAGUGUGGAUGAAGUUCUGUCAAGAUAACUACUCCAGUACAGUCUACUGCCAGUGGCAAAUACAGUGCCAAACUUACCUUGCCCCUCAGGAUUGGAUUUAGGGCUGGGAGGCAUCCUGCAACCAGAAUUAAAAACUUCAACAAAAGCGCAUGGAGCCUAAAUGUGAAAUAUUCCAGAUGGAAGUGGGCUUCUAAAGAAGAGGCUGACUUGGUUGGUGUUCUCUUCUGCCUCCUACAUGUUUGCAGAUGUUCAUUCUAACUCAGUAGUUCUCUUAAUUCCUGUGUGGGAGAGUAGUUACUAAUUUCAACGGUGGUCUAAUGAGAUAAUAUAAGAAGCAGCAGCAGAGAUCUGAGUAUCUCUUCUAUACAAUAGAAUUUUGGUAAAUAAGAAAAAUAUAAAAUAUACUUGAUGUUCCCUAUAUCUGAAUUUUCCUUUUUUUUCAGGAAGGUGAUGACAUAAUGACUAUUUAUAUUUUACUGUAUAGUUUCUUGCAUGACAUAGUGUUGCCGUAGCAGAAUAAGGCCCUAUUGUGAAUUUUAGUGUUUAUUUCAUAAUGCCAUUUUAAUGCAUAGAGUUUCAGAUUGAUUUUGAUGAGGCCUAAAUGUAAAAAUGUAAAAGGAACAAUCACACAAUUAAUGUCUUAGGCUGGGUUGUUAGGUUGCACCUAAUAUAUUGUUUUUUUAAAAAAAAUUAGGCAUUUAUGAAUUAUAAUAUCUAUUCCUUAAGCUGGCAUGGUUAUUGGGUAUUUUCCAUGUGUUGAAAUGAGAUUCAUUCCUAAAACGAUUCCACCAAUAUCCUGUGACUUUCAUUGAUUAUUUAGACGUCCCUCAGUUAUUUCACGAUUUCCAGCAAAAAUCAGGAAGGUUUAUUUUCCAGACUUUAUAGAAAAUGAGCAAAUAAUGUUACCACAUUAGAAACUUGCCCUUUUCCUGGCUUCCCCUCUGACUUUUUAAAGGUUGAUUUGCUCAAGGAACAACAGGCAGGACUGGUACUUCAAACAUAUUUCAAAAUUAAACCUCAGAGCUGGACACUUUGCUUAAUUAUGCACUAUUUUUCAUGACAAAACCCUUACCUAGCAAAGAUAUAUAUGUAGUUGUCCUCUGGGCUUUUGAAGACCCAGCAGUGAUAGGUACCGUUCUGAGGGGUUUUGCAAGAUCCGGAGAACGUGUUUUUAGAUAAGUUAAACAAAUGGAAUUUCCCUAGAGAGAAUUUUAGAUUGCGUCAACCUGAAAUCCAUCUGAGGUCACACAGUUUGAAAAAUAAAUUUGAACUUUACAGAAUUAUAAUGUGUAUUGCAGCAUUUAAGAUUGACAUACAUCGAUUAGAAUUUCAUUCAGUUAAUUAAAGCCCUAAUAUACAUGUUACUUGUGCUGCAGAGUAGCACCUAGGUAAAUAAUUAUUCCACAUUUUUAUAACAAUACAGAUCUCCUUAAUAAUAAAAUUCCCCAAAUACAUCAAUCUGAGCAGGCAGAAAGACUAGGGGUAAUCAUCGCAGCUUUGUUUUCUUAGUCGAACUAUUACUUGAAUGGAAUGCUUUUCUCCAUCAAAACAUUUUUCCAUUGAAUUAACUUCAAGAAAUGUAUUUAUACACUAACAGGAUUAAACAGUUGCUUUAAAAAUACACAAACCUGAAAUCGUGAAUGCUUAGUUCAGACUUCUUUAUGCUUUAUGGCUUUGUUACUAUGACAAAUCUUUAAUGAUUUCCUUUGAGAUGUAGAAAAUUUAGCUUGAUCUUUUGGGCACAAGAAGAUCUCAGUUGAGGAACAGGAUAAUUUUUAAUAGGUGGGGUACAAAAGACUCUCUGAGUUUACAGGGUCUUCUGGUAAUCAGUGUUAUCUUUGAUGGUUUAAAUUAAACUCACAUUAUAGAAUCAUAAA